GACAAGCAAACCCUGUCCUACGUGCUGCGCAGCGGCGUCGCUGGCGGGGUGGCCGGCUGCGUAGCCAAGACGGCCAUCGCACCCCUGGAUAGAGUCAAGAUCUUAUUCCAAGCUCAGAAUCCCGAAUUCCAAAAAUAUUCGGGUCACUGGCUAGGAGUGUUCAGAGCGGGCAAGGAUAUCGUUUCAUCCCAGGGGACCCUGGCACUUUUCAAGGGACACUCAGCCACGCUUAUGCGCAUCUUCCCCUACGCGGCGAUCAAGUACAUGGCGUACGACAAGAUGCACUUUGCCCUCAUGCCGACAAGAGAGCAGGAGACGAGCGCAAGGCUCUUUGCUGCGGGAGCCACUUCGGGCGUACUGAGCGUCUUUCUUACGUACCCGCUAGAGUUGAUUCGGGUCAGGUUGGCCUUUGAGACGAAGAGUGCUGGGGGCAAAGGAAAGGGUGGGAGUGGGUUGAGGGAUAUCAUUCGGCAAAUCUAUACCGAAGGGGCAACGGAGGCGCCCUUCUCUAGUGAUGCGAGACGGAGAGCGGCAAGAGCCCAGGGCGAUGCGUCGGCGACGGCUGCGGGCAAGGCACAAUCAGCCGCCCUCGCUCGAGGGGCAACCGCCUCCACCCCCGUACCCCCCGCAGCGCCCACUGCCGCAUUGGAAACAACGACUGCCCUCCUGCAUCGCUUUCCCCUCAUGAAGUUCUACCGCGGCUUCACAGUAACCGUAUUUGGCAUGGUCCCCUACGCGGGCACGAGCUUCCUCGUCUUUGGGCGAUGCAAGCGGGCGCUCCAGACAUGGUGCGGCAUAGAAGACGACAAGGACGGCAGCAGCCGCAGCGGUGCCGCGAGAUCGUCGUCGUCGUCGUCGACUCGUGGUGGCUGGCGACCAAGCAAGACGACGAUCGACCUCACCUCCGGAGGGUUGGCCGGUGCCAUCUCACAGACAGCUGCCUACCCCUUCGAGGUGAUCCGACGUCGGCAGCAGGUAGCGGCACUCGUGCGGCCAGGGGGGAUGGUGGGAAUGUGGGAGACGGCGACGUGGAUUUGGAAGACGAGGGGUUGGCAGGGCUUCUAUACUGGGCUUAGCAUCGGCUUCUUGAAGGUCGUGCCUAUGACGAGUCUGAGCUUUGCUGCCUGGCUGGGGAUGAAGAGGUGGAUGGAUAUCUGA